AUGAAGACAAUAGAUGUUGGCAUCAUCCUUGGAACACUGGCAUUUGCUUCCUACCUGCCUGUAAUGAUGACAUCCCAUCAAACAUUGAAAAUCCCCGAAAAGCUGAAGAUGGCUCAUGGGAGAGUGAUCGUCAAUACUACCCCCUGCACAGUCACCUGUGGCCUGGGCUAUAAGGAGGAGGAGACCUGUGAAGUGGGCCCUGACGGAGUAAAGAGGGAGUGUGAGACUCACCAAACUGAGUGCCAGACCAACUGGAUUUGUGGGAUGGUCCACUUCACUAUUCCCGUUGGGAAGAAAUUCAAGCUGACCUGUCUGAGUUCAGACAUCCUCCAUUAUGGGCACGAAGCUUUCCGUUUCACCUGGAGGUUUGCCCGUGGCAUCGUCUCCACUGAUGACGAGUUGUUUAAACCUUUUCAGCGCCAUAUCCAUUCUGUGAUCUUCACGCCUGCCCAAGAGCUGGAUUCAGGCACCUAUAGGUGCGAUGUACAGCUUCUAAGGAACCUAAAGUUUGUCAAGAGAAUCUACUUUGCACUGAGGGUCAUUCCUUCUAACUUGGUGAACCUCAACUUUGAUCAGUCCCUGACUGAGGAACAGAAAUUAAUAGAUGAGGGGAUGGACUUGGAUCAAGGGAACCAGACUCAUUUCCUAAGGCCGACUAAGAAGCCCUGGGUAGCACUGGGGAUAGGAGUUACAGUGGGGGUGGUUGGUGGUUUGCUAAUCAGCACAGCUGUGUACUAUUUGAUGAAAACUUCCAAAAGGAAGUUGAAUACAAAGACCUAG